AUAAAUAAGCAUUUGCUCUCCCACUAGUCUUUGCACCUCACCUCUCUCUCUCUAUAUCUCACACACACAUACACACACAAUAACACACACACACAUAGACUCUCACUGUGUGUGAUGGCUCAAACAACACCAAACCACACACAGACAGUUUCUGGUUGGGCAGCUCAUGACAAAUCGGGCAAGAUCACUCCAUACACCUUCAAGCGCAGAGAAAAUGGGGCAGACGAUGUAACCAUCAAAAUCCUCUACUGUGGUAUAUGUCACACUGAUCUUCACCAUGCCAAGAAUGAUUGGGGCAUAACGAUGUACCCUUGUGUUCCCGGGCACGAAAUCGUUGGCAUAAUCACCAAGGUAGGAAGCAACGUGACGAAUUUCAAAGAGGGGGAUCGGGCGGGAGUGGGAUGCCUAGCCGCGACAUGCUUGAAAUGCGAGUUUUGCCAAGAAGGCCAGGAGAAUUACUGUGAUCAGGUCCAAUUUGUGUACAAUGGCAUUUUCUGGGAUGGUAGCAUCACUUAUGGCGGUUACUCUGAGUUUCUCGUCAUGGAUCAUAGGUACGUUGUUCGUGUCCCGGAAAACUUAGCAAUGGAUGCAGCCGCUCCCCUCCUAUGCGCGGGGAUCACGGUGUUUUCUCCUAUGAAAGACAACAACUUGUUGGAGACGAAGGGGAAGCGUGUAGGCAUAGUCGGGCUAGGAGGCCUCGGCCACAUUGCCGUGAAAUUCGCUAAGGCCUUCAAUCACCAUGUGACUAUCAUUAGCACCUCUCCCUCUAAAGAGAAGGAAGCUAAGGAAAGACUUGGGGCAGAUGAUUUCAUCUUGAGCACUAAUGAUGACCAAAUGAAGUUAAAGAAAAGGAGUCUAGAUUUUAUUUUGGACACUGUCUCAGCCCAUCACUCUCUUGGGCCAACUCUUGAGUUGUUGAAAGUGAAUGGGACUUUAGUGAUUGUGGGUGCUCCAGAUAAGCCUAUUGACCUACCAUCUUUUCCAUUGAUUUUUGGGAAGAGAGUGGUGAAGGGGAGCAUGAUAGGGAGCAUCAAGGAGACACAAGAUAUGAUGGACUUGUGUGGGAAACACAACAUAACAUGCGACGUUGAGGUUGUUCGAACCGAUAGUAUCAAUGAAGCUUUUGAUCGUUUGGCCAAGAACGACGUUAAGUAUCGUUUCGUGAUCGAUAUUGCCGAUGCAUUUUCCCCAUCAAAGCUCUAGAAUUCUUCAAAGCAUAUGAUGUUUCUUUGAAUUUUUAUCAUUAGUCGUUGUUUUCUAUUGUUGGAGCGUCUCGAUAGAUUCGAACUCGAGACCUUUGUACUCGGGCAUUAACCACUCAAUCGUUGUAAUUGAUGUUCUUAUGUUGGUGUUGGGAAAAGACUACCCUCAUUUAAAUAGUUAUAGUGGCUUCAAUUUUCUAUCUUCA